AUGGCAAGACAUGCAUUUAGAAAGUUUCUUCCCCUCUUUGGCCGAGUUUUAGUUGAAAGGAAUGCAGCUGAAACUGUAACCAAAGGUGGCAUUACACUUCCAGAAAAAUCUCAAGGAAAAGCAUUGCAAACAACAGUUGUAACUGUUGGAUGGAGCUCUAAAGGAAAGCGGGGAGAGAUUCAAUCAGUUAGCAUGAAAACUGGAGAUCGAGUUCUUCUCCCAGAAUACAGAGGCACCAAAGUAGUUCUAGAUGACAUGGAUUCUUUUGUAGAGACUGUGACCAUUCUUGGGAAGUAUGUAGACUGAAAUGAAUCACUGAAAUGGCAU